GAGGCGGAGUUAGUUCAGUUUAAAGGAGAGCGGCUUGUGAAGACGAAACUUUCGCAGGCCAAUUUCAGAAAAGCCAUGUCCGGAAGAGAGCUCGUUCAACUAGUGGUGGUUGUCAGCUUGCUGGUAUCACUUGUCGAAGCUGAAAUGGCUACUCUUGGAAGAAAGAAUGAAGAACUCAAUCUCGGUGGAAUUAAUCGACUUAAAAUCAACCCAAAAAAGCAAAUUAGGGUACAAAAAAGUUUUGUUGGAGUACCACUUGACAAAAUAGGCGGAGGAAUGGUUCUUCGGGCUCGAGAGCAAAAAGAAGCUGAAGAAGAAUCAACUGAGAACCAGAGAGAUUCCCCAAACGUUCAGAAUAAUUUAUUUAAUGUAAAAAGGAAAUCUAGAGAGUCUGCAAAGUUCAGCUACGAUAAUGCUAGUGUAAAAACCAAAGAAGAAAUCGACAAAUUUAAAUUUCCCAAUGAUGGCAAUCCGAGUCCUAGUGAAAUUAAUGUAUCUAAAUUAAGCAUUAGAAAGCGAAAUUUCGAUGAGAUCGAUAGAGCUGGUUUCCGAAAUGUGGGAAAAAGAAAUUUUGAUGAAAUUGAUCGAGCUGGUUUUCGAAGUAUGGGAAAGCGUAAUUUUGACGAAAUUGAUCGGGCUGGUUUCCGAUAUAUGGGAAAAAGAAAUUUUGACGAGAUAGAUAGAUCAGGUUUUGACACAAUAGGCAAAAGAAAUUUCGAUGAAAUCGAUCGAGCUGGCUUUCGAAACAUGGGUAAAAGAAAUUUUGAUGAAAUCGAUAGGUCAGGUUUUAGCACAAUGGGGAAAAGAAAUUUCGAUGAAAUAGACAGAGCUGGUUUUCGAGAUAUGGGCAAAAGAAAUUUUGAUGAAAUAGACAGAGCUGGUUUUCGAAACAUGGGCAAGAGAAAUUUCGAUGAGAUCGACCGAGCUGGCUUUCGAAACAUGGGGAAAAGGAAUUUUGAUGAAAUCGACAGAUUUGGUUUUCAAAACAUGGGAAAAAGGAAUUUUGAUGAAAUAGAUCGAGCUGGUUUUCGCAUGUUUGAUAAAAGGAACUUUGAUGAAAUAGAUCGAGCUGGUUUCCGCAUGUUUGAUAAAAGGAACUUUGAUGAAAUCGACCGGUCUGGUUUUGGAAAUAUUAGAAAACGAAAUUUCGAUGAAAUAGAUAGAUCAGGAUUUGGUGACAUUGGUAAAAGAAACUUUGAUGAAAUCGAUCGAUCUGGUUUCAGCAAUAUAGGUAAAAGAAAGUUCGAUGAAUUCGGCAAAUACGAUUUUGGAUUCAAUAAUAAACGGAAUUUUGAUGAAAUUGACAGAGAUACUAAUAGUCAUAUAGGCAUUAGACAAACUGUACAGGAGGAUGAGCCUGGCACAUCUAAUUUUCAGAAAUACGAAUACACUGAUGAGCUUGGAAAAAGUCGUUUGAAUGAUGAAUUAAAUGCAUUUCGUGAUGCUGAUGAAAGAGGUAAUCGAGUAAAAUCCGCAAUGGAGACAUUAGAACAAAAAGGCCUUUUCAGGAAACAAAUGUGAGUGUAGAAAUUUUCAUUUAGCAAGUAAGGUAACUCCUCAGAAGUUUAUUCAUCCGUGUCUCAUGUUUUAUGCUGAAGACUAUGGUGUUCUACAUUAAAUACAGAUGAAACUCUAUGGUUGCUUCAGUCGAAUAUAGAAUGUAGUUGAAAUGUAACAUAUCUCUAAAAGAAAUAAAAUGUAUCACUGGAAAA